AUGCCCAUUAUACAAUCCUGUUGUUGCUGGAGAAGCCUUCGUCGCGGUUGCUACGCAUCGGCGUUCUAUACAAUGGCCUACUUCUCCGUAACCAUCGUAACUAUGGGACAUUUCAUAGAAGUCGAACAACGUUACCUUAGUGGCGAAAUGAAAGAACCAGAAUCAGAAAGUUUUUUGGAACCUGAAAAAAUUACUCCAGUCACCGUUUCUCUGAACAUCACUCUGUUGGCAUGUAGUACUUUGGGACUCAUUGCUUGUGUUGUUAUGAUUUUAGGUGUCUACAAGGAUAUGAAAUUUAUGUUGCUGCCAUGGAUCGUCGCAAUGGGACUUGAAACUCUCGUAGAAGUUAUCAAUCUCAUCUAUCUAUUUUAUUUGCAGACUCUCAACUUUAACCCGAUAACCUCGUUCCUGUUUACUUUGGAUUUCUUCAUCAUCGCGCUUAACGUUUAUGCCAUGAUUUGCGUAAUAUCACAGUUUCAAGAGUAUUUGGAAGUUGGGUGGGCAUCUUACUCAGCGAUCCUCCAAUACGGAGUCGCGAGUAACGGUCUCGCCGCAGUGCAAUACACUGCCACUGCCCAACAUACCAUCACCACCAGCUCCGCCCCGAGUGGUCGCCGUCGAUCCGCCGGAAAGCCUAUGCCGAGUCGUUGUGAUCCCGAGGAAUUCUCGGAGGCCCCGACAAAGGCUAUUACUUCCGUACUUUCGAAACCUUCUCGGUCAGCAGUAAAAAAACACGUACAGUUUCCGGAUGAACAGAGUUGCAUCGAAGAGGCCACUGAAUCUCCAGUGAACACAGAGGAAAAACCCGAAGCCCGCGUAAUCAGUUCGUUGUGGAUGGAGUUGGAGUCUGAAGCACCGGUGCCGGAGCGCUGA